ACUAUUUCAUCAGAGUUCUUGCAAUCUUCGUCAGUAUUAGGUGCUUUUGAAACAAUGUUAAGGAUUGUGGGUUUGCUAGUGUUAGGAGUUGUUUCCAGAGGUUUUUACGUCGCUAAUGAGGAGUGUCCAACGAAUGAAGAGUAUCUGCUAUGUGGUUCAUCAUGUCCGUACAACUGCACCAACCCGCCGGAGAAGGUGGUCUGUGCUGAGGAGUGUAUUGAGGGUUGCUUCUGCGUCGCCGGCUACUUGAGGAACGAGACUGGAACCUGUGUGCCGGCUGAAGAAUGUGUUAAAGCUGGUACUGCUCCCAUGUGUGGUGACAACGAGGAGUUCAUGCCGUGCGGGAGCGCAUGCCCUGCCACCUGCAGUCAGCCGGAACCUCUAGAAUGUUCUCUCGCCUGCAGUAUUGGCUGUUUCUGCAAAUCUGGGUACUACAGAGAUGAUGCAACAAACAAAUGUGUCACAUUGGAUAAGUGCUCCAUCAGUAAGUAACCGAUUUUAGGUAAUGC